CAGUUCUAACUACCUAGCAUGAACUCAUCUCCUUUUAGUUCUGGAACCAACAAAUAUUCUAGUAGUUUCAGCCUAUUAGAAUGAGAGAGAGAGAGAGAGAGAGAGAGAGAGAGAGAGAGAGACGUGUAGAAAAGGUAGAACCGGUACCGUAAUCUGGAAGAAGAAAUGGUUUCAGCUCUGGCUUCGCUCCACGCUCUUCCUUUUGGGUCUUGGCAAGCCCUCCCAUCAUGGAGAAUAAAUAUGCCAUUCCAUCAUCCUUCCUUCUCUAUGCUGACAAGAACGUGCCGGAGGCCGCCGGAGCCUCUCCGAGCCACAGCUGCUGGCCCACCCAAGCCUCCUUCCUUCCGGAACGACGAUUCUCUGUCAGGUUUUGAAGCAGCUUUUUCCAAGAUUCAGGAUAGGGUCCGGAUAUUCCUUGCUGUUCUCUUCUGGAUGUCAUUGUUUUUCUGGAGCAGCACCUGGGAUGGACGAGAUGGUAUCAGAAAGAACAAGGGUCCCAAAUUCCCAAAGUGAAACUUACAUUAUAUUGCAUAAAAAUGGAAACUUGUAGAUUAUUAUAAGGCAGAAUAUAUAUAUAUAUAUACAUAUAUAAUAAACAUAGCUGUGAGUUUAUGUAGUUUGAUCAUUACAUUUGGUA